CUUAGCCAUUUAGGCAUUUAUUGAUUUACAUUAGUUUCAGUUUAGAGGGGAUCAGAUUGAUGAUUUUUUUUACUUAAUUAUUACCACAAAAAUCCAAUAGUGAAAUAUGGCCUUGUCAAUCUUGAUCCAUGCAACUUUUAAUAAAAAAGAACAUUUCCCCAUUUGAUUAUCAUAUGAUUGAGAGCUAGGUAGGAAGAAACAAAGAUGAUGAAGAACUCAACAAGAAGCAAGAUGCCGGCGACGUUCGAGAGCAGCAACGGCAGCAGCAAUUAUCGGAGAAACACGAUCGGCGGCAUUCUGCAAUCCGACCCUAACAAUGAAGAUGAGGACGUUUCCUUCCGCUUCAGCACCGCAUCGGACUGCGCUUCUCACGACAGGCGGCGGUCAUCGGCAUGCUACAACAAUGACGCGCCGCCGUCGUGGGAGGCCACAUGGGAGGAUUCUCCUCUUUUCACGCCGACCACCUCAUUCGGCCACUACCCGUCAUCUCCGUUAUCUCAGUCUCCUUGGCACGCUCACCGAUCCAUGGCCCCACCUUCCAACGACGUCUAUUCCUACACCGGAUUAAUGGGUUCCCUCGUUCGAGAAGAAGGCCAUAUAUAUUCCCUAGCCGCCUACGGCGACUUGUUGUACACCGGUUCAGACAGCAAGAACAUUAGGGUUUGGAAAAACCAGACUGAGUUUACCGGUUUCAAAUCCAACAGCGGGUUAGUGAAGGCGAUCAUAAUCGCCGGCGAGAGGAUCUUUACCGGACAUCAGGACGGCAAGAUUCGGGUGUGGAAAGUUUCUAACAAGAACCCUAGCCUUCACAAGCGCAUUGGGACUUUGCCAACCUUCAAAGCCUGCGUCAAGAAAUCGAUGAAGCCGAAAAAUUACGUCGAGGUGAGGAAGAACCAUAACGGCGUUUGGAUCAAGCAUUUCGAUGCCAUCUCGUCUCUCACUUUAAGCGAGGACGCCUCCCUCUUGUACUCGUCGUCCUGGGACAAAACGAUCAAGGUUUGGAGGAUCGAGGACUCGAAAUGCUUGGAAUCCAUAAACGCCCACGACGACGCAGUUAAUUCGGUCGUCGUGGGGUGUAACGGAUUAGUCUUUUCCGGUUCCGCUGAUGGAACCGUGAAAGUAUGGCGGAGGGAGUUCAAAGGGAAGCGCACCAAACAUCAUAUGACACAAAUGUUGCUAAAACAAGAAUGUGCAGUUACAUCAUUGGUCAUUGACCCUUCCGCCUCCCGUCUUUAUAGCGGUUCAUCCGACGGUCUGGUUAACUUCUGGGACCGCGACCGGCAAGUUUACACACAUGCCGGGGUUUUGAGAGGCCACAAGCUGGCCGUUCUGUGUCUCGCGGCGGCGGGGAAUUUGAUCUUCAGCGGCUCGGCCGACACAAAUAUUUGCGUGUGGAAGAGGGAAGGUGGCGAUCAUGUGUGCCUGACGGUGCUGAAUGGUCACACUGGGCCGGUUAAAUGCCUGGCGGUGGAAGAGGACGGUGGAACGCCGGCUAGCGGGGAAGACAAGAAUUGGAUCCUAUACAGUGGGAGCCUUGAUAAGUCGGUGAAGAUAUGGAGGGUUUCGCCGCAGCAGCAACAUCAAACUCCACACAACCCGCAACAGCACGCGGCUGAAGGUGGCUUGGCCUCGCCGCCGGGAAUGGCUUGCCCGAGCGGCGCUCCCAGCUUUUCAAACAAAGGUAGCAGAAUACACCAGCGGAUCGGAGCAGGCAUGAAUGACAAGAUGUAGUAGUCGUGAAAUGAGUAAUUGGAAAUUGGGAUUUGUUUGGCUAAAUUUUAAGUACAUAAUAUGCACAAGUUUUUUAUGUACAAACCAUAUUUAGUCUCAUAUCAUACUUGAAUUCAUUUGUGAUCGAGUUAAUAAACAUAUGGUUAUUGUGUAUUUCC